AAAUAUCAGCAGACUUCCUCCGGUGAGAAUCGACCAUAGUCGGUCCACUCACGGGAUGGACUUCACUGAUCGACUCGAAGGACCGCCAAUGAUACAGAACAUGAGUUCAGGUCGUAUGUCUCCCAUCAUGCCUCGUACCAUGGGGGACUAUCAGGAGCGUGUGGAUAAGCUAAAGCGCGAAAACUUUGCACUCAAGAUCCGAAUAUACUUCAUGGAAGAAAAACUAGAGAAGGAUAGAGAUAUCACAGAUGAAGAACGUGGGAUAAUUGAUUUGAAAAUUGAGAUUGAAAAUUUGAAGCAGGACCUUGAAGAACGAAAUAAACUUCUUACAAAAGCACAUACUGCCAUCCAAUGUCUUACCAAUGAAAAGGAAACCAUGACAACCCAUUUCAGGGAUGAUCUUAGGGUAGAGAACCAGAUGGAGAUAAGCAAAUUCAAAGCUCAAGCUGAGCUCGCUGAAGAGGAGGCGGAACUGUUGCGUCAAAAACUUGAUGAAGCACAGGAGGAGCUUGGACAGGCAAAUAAGAAAAUUGCGGAGUACGAGAAAAAGCUUGGAUCAAGUAAAGAAGAGAGAACCAUGCUUCAGGAAAUGCAGAAAGGCACUAUUGUGGAAAAAGAUCGAAUAAUAGCUCAGUUGAAUGACGCUUUGAAAACUAAAAAUCAACUGAUUGAUCAAAUGAACAUAGAGAGAACGGAAUCCAAUAAUCAAGUCAUCGCCUUGCAGGAAGACAUCUGUCAGCUGAAAGAAGCAGCUUCUCAGAAGGAGAUGGAAGUCCAGACACUGCAAGAAAUCAUUGACACUGAGAAGGAUAUUGAACGAGAGCAAACUGAACAUCAAAUUCAAAAUUUGAAGCAAGAGUAUGUGGGUCAUAAAAGACUCAUGGAAGAGGAGGCUAAAACUCUCCGUUCAUUGGUUGAAGAUAAGGACAGUCAGCUUAAGAAUCUUGAUAAGGCCUUGGUUGAUGCACAGAGUAACCUCAAGGAAUUAGAGAAUGAGAUGACUUGGAGAGAUCAGGAAAUCAAGAACCAUGAGACAAAUGCUUUGAAGAGAGACAAAGCCAUCAAAGGGCUUGCUGAAAUGUUGCAGAAAAAGGAGAAAGAGGUAAAACAACUUUGUGAUCAAGUUGAAGAACAAGAGAAGACAAUAAAAGAAACAAAAGAAGCCAUGCAUAAUGCUGAACUCUAUAGAUGUCAGGGUGCGGAGGAACAACAAAUGAUGAUAAGUAAAAAAGAAGAUAAUAUUCUGAAUUUAAAAUCUCAACUUCAUGAACGCGAACUUGAAUGUGAGAGGCUUCAAAAAUCACUUGCUCGUAAGCAAACCGAGGUUGAUGGUCUGAAGCAAGGAAAAGAUCUGGCGGAGUUUGUGGCCAGUGACACUCUGAAGAACAAGGAGGAAGCUAUUAAGGAUUUGACAAAACAAGUUGGUGACUUGAAGUAUGAUUUAAGUGAGCAAAAGAUUGGAAUAGAGCAGCAUUACCAGCAGAUUUUACAAGAUCACCAAGAUCAGAUUAGAAAUAAAGAUAAUCUCAUUCAAAAGCUACAACAAGGAAUUGAUGACAAGGAUAAAAUAAUAACUGAGGUUAUGGAGAAACAUAAGAUUGCACCUGAGAGUCACAAAGCUGUAGGUAAAGACAUCAUGAUUGAAAGUCUCCGUCAGGAACUCAAGAAAAGGGAACGUGAUGCAGAAAAUGCUAUUGAUGAAAAGUUUAAAAUCAUUGAAUCUAAAGAUGAUGAAAUCCGUAGUCUAAACAUGACUCUGCGGGAUCGAGACCGAGAUGUUCAACGGGCACUGAGUGAGAUCACAAUGACAGAAGAUAAGAACUUGCGUUUGGAGAAUCAGAUUCAAGAAUUGAGCACACAGGUUGAUGAGUACUCUCGUGCUUUGGAUUUACAGCGAACAUCAUUAGCGGAUUCUGCUUCCAAUCAUGAUCGGGUCGUCGCUGAGAAAGAAGCGAUGAUUCGUAAACUGCAGGAAGCCGUGAAAUCUAAAGACAAUCGUGUCCAGUCGGCUGCUGAGAAUUUGUUAAUGAGUGCCCGACCUGACAGUCUUCUUAAUGGUGACGAAGCCAGUAUGAUUCAGGAGCUCAAUGUGCGCUUAAAAGAACGGGAUAAACUCCUUGAGGAUGUGAUGGCGGAAAGAAGCAAAGCUGUUGCCGCUCAUGAGAAAGCCUCGCAUGAUUUGAUGCAAGCAAUCCACGAUAAAGACCACCAUAUUAAGGAAAUCAAUGACAGGCAUAAUCGGUUAAUUGCUGAAAAAGACAAUACCAUUAGAGAGCUGGAGAAGGCAAUCAGUGAGAGAGAUCGCGAACUUGAAAAAUUUGUUGAAAAUGGUCGCGACAAAGAUCGCAUGAUACUAGCCUUGCAGAAACAACAGCCUCAGAGUUCACUGCAAGCUAACCAUGCCAUCCAGCAAACAAGUCCCCUUGCGUCUUCCAAUUCUGAAGUGUCCAGGUUGAAGAAAGAGAUCAAUAAACUUCAGGGUGAACUUCUUGAUAAAAGAGCUAUGAUCCAUGAAUUGUCAGCCGGUAAAGGAGAUGAGUACAUUGAGAAACUUAAAGCUCACAUCAGAAAACAAGAUGAAGAAUUCACAGCUGCUAAGAACAUUAUAGAAAAAUUGCAAAAACAGCAACGUGCAGACAAAAUGGCUCAUCUUGAAUUGGCCCAGGCAAAACGGAAAAAUGUUGAUUUGGAAACUGAACUGCACUCAAAGGAAGAGAACAUUGAUGCACUGAUUAAUGCCGGGAAUGUUAAGGACCAGAUAAUUAAGGACUUGCAAAAUAAAAUGGACUCUCCUAAGAAAGAACGUGACGAGAGAGAAUACAAAGACCAAGAGGAAUGGCACAAAAACAUGGAAGAGGUGAAAAAGCUGAAAGAGGCUCUAUAUGCUGAGAAAGUUAUCUACGAAAGCAUGAGUUUACAGAACUCAACCAUGCCGGAUGUAGAUGAUGAUGACUUUGGACAGCAAGAUGCAUUGAGGAUUCAGCUGUCGGCCGUAGAAGCCUUGCGUGCAGAGCUAGAAAAGAGUCUGAGGGAGACUAAAAACAUGAGAGAUCAGUUCAAACGUUCGUUGCCACUAUCACCGUCAUCUAGUGGCUUCAGUAGUGAUGCAGAUUUACUGGGCUCUCUUAAAGAGCAACUUGAUGAAAGUAGAAGAUGGAAUACCUCACUUCAAAGUCGUCUUGAAGAACUUCAACGUAACAGUAAUGUUAGCCCUGACAGAGUUGUGCCUCAGAAGGAAAUAGCCGAACGAAGCAGCCACAUGGACCUAUCAGAGUACCCAAUCAGCUCUGCAAACCAGACUACUGUCUCAACUCAGCAUAAUGUUACCCUUGGAGAAAUAAACGAGGAUGAUCAGAGGAGUAUUCCUGGACAAGAAGAUGAAGAGGAAUCAUCACGUCUUGCUUUACUGAGUAAUCAGACACAGCGUAUUAAUCAGUUAGAAGUAGAGCUGAAGGAAUCUCAAAACCAUAACAAGAACUUACAACGCCAACUUGCGUUUGCGCUGGAAAACCCAGCGGGAUACUCCAAAGAUGAAGACAACAGCAUUGUGGCUGUUCUCAAAGAACAGCUCGACCAGGCUAAGACUCUUCUCCAAGAAAGAGACAACACAUUAGCACACAAAGAGGAGGAAUUGGACGAUGUCCGGCAUAAGUUGACUAAAGUUAAAUCAUCCCCUGCCAAUGUAAGCCCCUCUACUAGUGUUGGACUUUUCCAAGAACUUGACAAACUUAAAACACAGUUAUCUGAGGUGUUGAAAGAUAAUUCUGAAUUGAGAGAUGAAAACCGAUCUCUUCGGAUGAAGAUUAAAGAAAUCCAAGAUAUAAAUGGUCAACUUCAAGAUGAUGUCGAUGGCUUCCAGGAAGAUCAGAAAUCAAUUCAAGAUCUUGAACAAGUGAUUAAUAAUAAAGAUCAAGAAGUCUGUCAUUUGCAACGCGAGUUGGAAAAACAUCGCUCCGAUGGAGAGAAGUAUGAACUUAUGCUGCAACAGCAGAGGGUUGACUUGAAUGAAGCUAGAGGAAUGAAUAAUCUAUUGAAGGUGGAGAGGAGCAAGCAUCAGGAAGCAAUUGAAAAAUUGCAAAAAGACAACGCAGAGCUUGAAUCUGAACUGGGAAAGUUUGACGGAGAGUGGGUGCGCAAAGAACACCUGGUUGAAAGAAAUCAAGAGGUUGCAGCACUAAAUAAAGAACUUGAGCAUUUGAGGGAAGAGCUGGAAAAAGCCUUUGAGGUGGAAACUCUGCUGAGAAAACAGGUUCAGUUGGAUACUUCCACAGAUGAGGAGAAACCAGUGUUCAAUCCUCAGCUCAUUGUUGAUAUGGCACAAGAGAUAGAACGUCAGAAAACUGAGCUCGAAGCAACACACAAGGAACUGAUUGACACCAGAAGAAAACUGGCAGUGUCACCAGAGAGAAAAUCACAAGGGUCUGUAACUCCACUGAUUGAGGAUGUGAAUUCUGCUCUUCGACAACAAAUUGAUAACUUGAGAGCUGAAAUCAGUCAUCUCAAGUCAAAAGAUAAGAAAAGUUCUUCAAAGCUUCAGGCUACUGAAGCAACUGUCCGUCAAUUGUCAGAUAAAUUGAAAGUAUGUCGUAAUCGUAUGAAGGCUUUAGGCAUUGUACCUCCAGUUUCACCAGCAUUCAGCAAAAGCCAAAGUGAAAGCAACCUCUAUAAUUCAAAUGUUGAGUAUGAACCAAAAUGGUCUUCUGCCCUUGUUUAUCGCGAAAAUGAUGAUGUGGGUUCGUCGCCAUCAACUAUUGCUACAGAGUACGAAGAGUGUGCAAAUGUUGGAGAGCUGCAAAAGAAAGUUGAAGAUCUGGAGUCGCAAUUACAGAAAGCAAAGAAGGUGGCUUACGUGUUUCAGAAAAAACUUAAAGAGUUACUUAGCUCCCGUAGUUCUAGUCCAACCCGCAGUUGUUCCAGCCCUUCACGCAGCUGUGUCAGUCUUUGUGAUGAUAGCUCGGAUAGAACAUGGUAUGAAGUACUUGCCAACGAGGAAGCUUUGGGAAAGCUACAAGAAGAGGUGGAGGUACUAAAGAAUGAACUUCAGAACUAUUAUGAGCUUAACUCUAGUUUACAAAACGAGUAUGUGAACUUGGAAACUGAUUUCCGUGGUGCACAGUGCGAUGGUCAGGCUUUGCGCGGUCGGCUACAGCUACUUAUAGAAAACCACUGUGCUCUUAAAAAUAAACUUCAAGCUAUGGAAGCGGAAAGAAUAAAUCUGAUUGACGAGAAGGAGGUACUAACUGCGGAAAACAGAGUGCUCAAGAAAGAAAAGAGUGUGGCUGAGCUAGAGAGUCAGUUCCUUGCGGAUGAUCUGAAUAACUUGAAAGAAAAAAUGCCGCUUUCUUCUUCACAGACACACGAGCAUAGUUUCCAAGAGCUUGACGUUGAGAUCGCGGCUUUGAAGAAACAACUUGUAGAUUCUAGAAAUUUGAGUAAUAUUUUAAAGAGUCACCUUCUAGAACUUGUCAACACAAUGAGUGCACUGGUUAAACAGAAUGAAGUCGGUGAAUGGUGUUUUGUUGGUGGUGUCAGCCCUCAUAGAAUGGUCUCACUCAAAGACAAAGCUGAUCAGAGUAGACGUCUCAUAGAAGACUUGGAUGAUACGCUAUCAGAAUCACGGUCAAGUGUUUAUUUGCAUGCAGUGUCAGAGGCUGAUAUAGGAUCAUCAAAUAUCUUCCAAACACCGCCACAUGCCCAGUCAGGAUAUGACACAGACAUCAGUACAUCUUUAAGUCAAGAUACUAUUCGAUCCCAGUCCCCUCAAAGAACACUAUCCAACUCUCAAUCUGGUCAGCUGCAGUCACGCCCAAAACUUGCAGACACUAAUCUGCUUGCAGAGCUCAACAACAAGAGUAAAAAACUUGCAGAGAGUGAAGCUUUGAUUAAAUCUCUUAAAAACGAACUUGAAGUCUUUAAAAAUGUUGCAUACAGUCAGAGAGCUGAAUCAAGAGGUAACAGUGAUGAUGAGUCCGAGGAUUCAUUAAAACAACAUCUAGAUGAGAUUCGUGCCCUACGAAAGCGACUGGAAGAAUCUAUUGAUACUAAUGACGAGCUGCGGAAACAGUUGGAAGACAAAUUAGCCAUGAUUGCAGAGAAUGGAAGCGAAGCUGCAAACCUCUACCUUCAAGAGACUAACGUUGAGCUGAGUCUUGACAAUGCUGAACUCCGUAAAGCAAUCGCAGCGCUAGAGAAUACGCUCGCAGAACGAGACCAGCAACUCUUGGAUUCUGAAAACCAGCUCUACCAAAAACAACAAUCGCAAGCUGGAUUAGACGAACUGUGCAAAACCAUCUCAAGAUUAGAGCAAAAACUCUCUGAAAAAGACCAACAACUUGUUGAUUCAGACAACCAGGUGCGCAUCAAGAACCAGACAGUUGCCGGAUUGAAGGAGAAGCUCUCUGAGAAAGACAAACAGUUUGCAGAUAUUGAGGAUCAGUUGUAUGUGAAGAACGAAGCACUCAGUGAUAAGGAUAGGAAGAUUGCUGAGAAUGAAAGGGCAGUUAGACACAGUCAGAAGGCAUUGGAUAAAGCUAGGACUGAAUAUGCAAAGUCACAGUCUGAUAUUAAGAGAUUAAAAGAAGAGAAGAAGUUGCUAAUGGACCAAAUCCAAGAAGGCAAACAACUUAACAACACUUUGAAGAUGGAACUGUCAUUUGUUGAAAAGUUGACGAAAGAUGAUUCUAGAUCCAGUAAAAAAUCACCAUCAUCUGGAUUGGAUCUGGGUGAAUUACUUAAAGAACUUCGACAAUUGAGGAUUCAGCUAGAAAGAAGCAUUGAAACAAAUAAUGCACUCAGAGUCAAACUUGAAGAACUGUCCAAUGAAAAGCUGUCACCAAGUUCAAGGUCAUCCCAAAGCAAAUCCUCAAGUCGUUCAGACUUGCAUAGAAUCAGUCCAAGGCGACUGUUUGAAGAUAAACCUGUUCAAACUGAUAAUUUUGAGUGUAUGAAAUCAGCCUCAUCAAUGCCAACGUUAUAUAAUGGUAGAACCAGUCCUCACUAUACUAGAGAUGGUUCAAGUAUUUCACCAAGGUCUAGAUCACAUGGAACUGUACAGCUUGAUGACCCAAUCCUCUCAUCCAUGUCAGGUGUGUCACCUUUAAGGAUGUCUGGUGGCGAUAUACAAACCAGGAAACACAGAGGACGAGAUGUAAAGGUCAUCGGAGACGUUUUAGAGUAUGAAUCACUCAAACAGCAGAUGGAAGAGAUAUCAGUUGUAUUAACUGGUAUGGAAGCGCGAAUACAUGAACGCCAACGAAUGGCAAUUAAGCAGGGUUCACAUGAAGUACCAAUGUUAAAGGAAAUGACACACAAUGUGGAAAGUCUGCAGCUAUUCCUUGCUGAAGGAUUAAAGUCAAUGGCGACCUUCUACGUUGAAACUGUCUAUUCCCGAGAAGAAUACAAAAAACUCAAGUUUACCAUCAGUAAACAACAGGCUAUGCUCAAAGAUGCCCUGGAGAGAUUGGAAAAAACGAAUCAGCUUAAGAAAGGCAUGGAAAACGCUAUUGCUCGGCAAUUGGACAAAACUCAUGAUGUUCUUAAGCAGGCCAAGAUCAACUUAGAGCAUAAAGCUCAAGAUCAGGCCAAACACUAAGAAAGGAUGGAAGUACAAGAGAGGGGGGUGAGCAGAAAAGUGGGGGGAGGGGGGUAUGGAAAUUAUGAUAUAAAUCAGUGUCUACCGAUUGAAGAUUUUAUUGCUUGGAAAUUAAAUGACAUGAUGUGCUGCUGCCAACUCAUGAAAAG